AUGCUGGGCGCAGCUGUCCCUGGGCCCCCUAUUCCGUCAGCCCCUGGCUUCAGGCAGUUGCUUUUUGCUCCUCCAAUAACAGCUGCUCCUAAAUUGCAGCAUGCAGCAGCAUUAAGUACUGCAAAUGAAGGGAAAGCUCUUUUAACAUGGAAAUCCAGUCUUGACAAUCAUAGCCAAUCCCAGUUGUCAUCGUGGUCGUCUUCUGCAAAUCCUUGCAGCAAUUGGGUUGGAAUCCGAUGUAACAAAGCUGGAAGGAUAUCAGGCAUUAACAUCACAAGUUCUGGGAUCAGAGGUACACUUGGUCAUCUCAAUUUCUCAUCCCUGCCUCAUUUGACUACCAUUGAUCUUUCUCAAAACGCACUCUAUGGGACCAUUCCAUCCAACAUUGGUAACCUUUCUAGACUUGUCCUUCUUAACUUGGAAUCAAAUAAUUUCUCUGGUGUCAUUCCAAUUCAAAUCAGCCAUCUAACCAAUCUGAGGAAGUUACGUUUCUCAAGUCUCUUGUUGAACUGUCUUUGA